CUUUAUUUUUAAAAUUGGUCUUUUUGUUUGUGCUUGGACUCGUAUGGUUUGUCUUCAACUCUGAAAACUUGUUUUCCAUAAGAAAUGGCUCUCCGGUCUGCCAAAACACCGACUUUGAUACCUUCGGCCGACGUGAUCUCCUUUUCCAUUGCUAGGCCCAAUAAACGAAAAAUACAUGAAAGUUAGGCCCAUAACCAGCCCCAAUAACACGACCAAUGAAGAUUUAGAUCAUUAUGGUGAAUAAACAAUUCAUUGACCCAAAUGCAUGAGUAUAGUGUACGUAUCGUAUCAAUGGUGUAGACUUGGUAGUUUUUUUAUUUCUUUCUAAAACGUAAAUUAGGUAAUGUCGAUGUGAGUAUUGUGACACAAGGAAACUUGAAUCACGAUUGGCUAAAUAGGAUUCUAAUCCGAUAAACCCGCAAAAAUUCCCACGGCACCUCGUUUAGUUGUUUGGUUUAGUUACUUCGAUUAUAUUUCUCUCGACACAAAGGCGAGAGCCAUUUGGGAAAAAAGUUAAAUCGGAAAACAAUGUCUCUCUAAAGAUAUGGACAGAAUCAGUGAGUUGUCUGAUGAACUGCUUGUUAAGAUAUUGUUGUUGGUCCCGACAAAAGUUGCUGUAUCCACAAGCAUUUUGUCCAAACGGUGGAAGUAUCUCUGGAUGUGGUUGCCCAAACUCGAGUUCAGUUAUAGACAUGUGGUAGAUCCUGAAUGCGAGAGGCUACAGAGUUUUCUUGACAGAAACCUGCGGUUACAUAGAGCUCCGGUUAUAGAGAGCUUCCGCUUUUACAUAUGUUGUUCAUGUUUAAAACCUAAGAACAUCAAAAUGUGGGUUUCGACAGCUGUUUCUCACUGCCUACGUGAGCUGGAUAUCUCACGUCGCUCUGAUCCUCCGGAUAAGCCAGACAUAUUGCCGAGUAUCUUGUUUACUUGUAAAUCCCUCGUGGUAUUGAAACUGGCUGGCGGGAUCCUCUUGGAUGUUCCUCGAAUGGUCUCUCUUCCCUCUCUCAAAACUCUGCAACUUCGAAGGGUGAGAUACUUCAAUGAAGAAACUCUACAACGGCUUCUAUCAAAUUGCCCAGUUCUUGAAGAUCUUGUGUUGGUUUUAUCUAAUGGUGAUACUACUGGAAAGUUGACGGUUGUUGUUUCAUCUUUGCUGAGUUUGUCACUCUAUUUAUCCCAUUACCUUAAGAUAGAUGGGUAUGUCAUAGAAACUCCUUCUUUAAAGUAUUUCAAACUUGUGGAAGAUAGUUGCCGUAAUCACUACUGUUUGAUUGAGAACAUGCCUUUCCUGGUCGAGGCACUAGAUGUUAAUCUUCCUGAUAUCAAUAGUCUUAUUGGAUCAAUUGCAUCUGUCAAGCGUCUUGAAAUAUGUUCAGAGGCUAUUAUGAUGCUUGAUGAGGGUUUUGUCUUCAACCAGCUUGAACAUUUGGAGGUAUGUUUAUGCAAAGACCAUUCCUAUAAUCAACUUGUCCGGCUUCUCAAUUCUUCUUCCAACUUGCAAGGACUUCGCCUUUUCUACAUGGAUAUUCAUUAUACUCCAAAAAGGGGUUAUUGGAAUCAACCAACCACUGUUCCUGAAUGUUUGCUGUCGAGUCUACAAAGUCUCAGCUGGUCGCUAUACACAGGAGAACCACAAGAGAGAGAUAGUCUGGUUUACAUUUUGAAACAUGCUCUUCACUUAAAGACUGCAAUAGUCGAGUCAUGUGAAUGUGAAGUUCCAAGAUCUGAGAUGUUAAAGGAGUUGGAACUUUCUUAUAGAGCUUCAGCUGCAUGCCAACUCAUGUUCGAAUGAGUAUUUGAUAUUUAAAAAUUCUUCUUGUUCUACUAUUAUUGUAUGGUUAUGUCUUCAACUCUGAAUUUUUUUUAUCCAAACCAUCUUUCUAUAUGUUAUUAUAUGAUCAUCGGAUUAUGUU